AGCGUGUGCCGGCCGACCAGUCGCCGCCGUCGCAGCCGCCGCGGGUUUUUUGCGAAGCUGCGUUAAUCGGCUGCUGCUAUCAGCGCGCUUUGUGUGGUUCUCUUCAUUGAUUUCUUUUCCACGUGCGUCGGAUUCUCUAUCUUCUCUUUGUAGCGAUCGGAUAAUCAAUUGGUUUUUGCCGUUUCGGCUGAUUUGGGGAUAAACAAUAGCGGCGGAGGAGUUAGUUUAGUGAUAGCGGAAAUGGAUGUUUUGGGUAAUAACGACAUUGAUGAUGUCCGGUGGCUCUGUUCGCUAACUGAUUCUGAACUCGAUUUGCUGAUGGGAUUGAAAACUAUGAUGAACAUGCGAGCCAAGCAGAUCGGUCACGAAUAUUUGGCAAAGAAAUUCGACUUGAAAAUGCUGCGAGCCCUAAGUUUCAUCUUCAUGGAACAUUUAAAGGGGCUGCUGAAAGAUGUUCCGGCAGCUGCUGACUUUCACUGCAACUUAUUGAAGGAAAGUCCAUCUGAUAGCUUCAGCAGCAUGACCGUUGAGGAUUUAUACCCAUACAUCCAUUCUGACCAAAAGAAGAGAAUAGCAGACAUGUUCCUGCAGGACAUGCCUCCCUCCCGGAGAUCGAAAUCCGUAAAGCGAGAUUCUAGUAAUUGAUCACCGUGGUUGGAUGAUAUAUAUAAGGUAUUUUUGCGAUUUGCAUAUGGAAAUCAAAAUCAAAAUCAAAAUCCAAAUCCAAAUUACAUAUGAGAUGUACCAAACGGUAUACAUUUGGUUGUAUUGGAUAUUAAAUGAAAUUUGGGCGUCUAAUAUCUGACCAAGCUCAAUAGAAAUAAAUUUUAUAUAUAA